AUGCGCGGUGUCCAGCUUCCUACCUUCGGCCUGGGCGUCAGCCCUCGGUCAGUUUUAAAGCCACGGGGAACUGGGUUUGGAGACCGCCUGCUCCAGUCAAUUCGCCCAUCUACUCAUCAUACUGCGAUUAAGUCUCCUUUCCAACACCAUUCUACCUCUUUCCGACCUCUUUGCGCUAGAUCCGGUACUACUUUCCGCCUGCCCGAGAUCCCUCGCUCAACUUACCGAAAUGGCUUCAACAAUACCCCCUCUACACCUCGCAUUAUUUCGCAGACUCGACUGAUCUCCUCUACUACUCGUCUCCUGCAAGGAAAACCGGUUGCGCCUUCCAAUUCCACCAAUGAUCCGACCCGUUCUGUUCCGGAAAAGGAUGAAGAUGCGGAAAAAGGAUUUGAAUUGACGGAACGAGCUGCACAAGCUGCGCAGAUCAACCUGAGUGCUCGACUGUCUAAAGAGGGUUCUGGCAAGAAAUCCGGCUUUGGUGAAAUUUGGCGACUUCUAAAGGUUGCCCGGCCCGAAGCUAAGAAGCUUACAUUCGCAUUCUUCUUCUUGCUCAUCUCCUCUUCAAUCACCAUGGCAGUCCCGCUUUCCGUUGGUAAACUCAUGGAUGCUGCCACAAAGGGCGUGGGAGAGGAUGGCACAGGCGAGUUGGUUUUCGGUUUGAGUCAGACAAUGUUCUACAGCAUUUUUGCGGGUGUAGUGGUUGUCGGCGCGGCUGCCAACUAUGGCCGUAUCAUCAUCCUCCGUAUCGUCGGUGAGCGCACCGUAGCUCGGUUGCGCUCUAACCUUUUCCGUCAAACUCUCAUCCAAGAUGCUGAAUUUUUUGACGCGAACCGUGUGGGUGACCUGAUUUCCCGGCUCGGCUCUGACACAAUUAUUGUUGGUAAAAGUAUCACCCAGAAUUUGUCCGAUGGACUUCGUGCGGGUAUUAGCGGUGUAGCUGGUUUCAGUCUGAUGGCAUAUACCAGCUUCAAAUUGUCCGGCAUCCUAUUCUUGCUUCUUCCUCCAAUCGGCUUGGGUGCCUUGAUCUACGGAAGAGCUGUCAGGAACCUUAGUCGCCAAAUGCAGAAGAACCUGGGAUCGUUGACCAAGAUCGCCGAGGAACGCCUGGGUAAUAUUAAAACCAGUCAGUCUUUCGCAGGCGAAGUUACUGAGGUCAAUCGAUACAACAUACAAGUGCGCAAGAUCUUCGCAACCGGCAUGAAAGAAUCUCUGGCUACCGCGGCUUUCUAUAGCUCGACCGGAUUCUUGGGAAAUAUGUCAAUUCUGGCCCUUCUUUAUAUUGGAGGUAGUAUGGUCCAAUCUGGAGGGAUCACUAUUGGAGAAUUGACAUCUUUCUUGAUGUACACGGCUUAUGCCGGAACCAGCAUGCUCGGUCUCUCGAGUUUCUACUCAGAGCUUAUGAAGGGUGCCGGUGCCGCCAGUCGACUGUUUGAAUUGCAGGAUCGUCACCCAACCAUUCACCCAACCAAGGGUCUUCGUGUUGAAUCUGCACGUGGUCCUAUUCGGUUCGAGAACGUCAGCUUCAGCUAUCCAACCCGUCCUGCAGUGCCAAUCUUCAACAACCUGGACUUUGAGAUCCCUCAAGGAACUAAUGUUGCUAUUGUCGGUCCAUCUGGGGGUGGCAAGUCUACAAUCGCCUCCAUCUUGCUUCGAUUCUACAACCCCACUGCUGGUCGGGUGUUGAUCAAUGGCCAAGAAAUCAGCCAAAUGAAUGCCAAAUCUCUUCGCCGAAAGAUUGGAAUCGUCUCGCAAGAGCCUGUCCUCUUCUCCGGUACUAUCGCUGAGAACAUUGCAUACGGUGUCCCUCAUGCAAGCCGUUCUGAGAUUAUUUCUGCUGCACGCAAGGCAAACUGUCAAUUCAUCAGCGACUUCCCCGAUGGCCUGGAUACACACGUUGGAGCUCGCGGUGCGCAGCUAUCCGGUGGACAGAAGCAGCGCAUUGCCAUUGCACGUGCGCUUAUCAAGGACCCCGAUAUUCUCAUUCUCGACGAGGCUACCUCAGCCCUUGAUGCCGAAUCCGAGACUCUCGUUAACAGUGCCCUGACUGCUUUGCUACGUGGAAACAACACUACGAUCAGCAUUGCCCACCGUCUUUCCACCAUUAAGCGUUCUGACACAAUUAUUGUCCUCGGUCCUGAUGGCACUGUUGCUGAGCAAGGCUCUUACGAGGAUCUCAGCACCCGACCCGAUGGAGCCUUCACUAAGCUCAUGGAAUGGCAGAUUACUGGCGGUGACGCGCCUCAGGCUCAAAAGCUGGCUGGGCCAGAUAGACUCUGGGACCUGCAGAAGGAGGCCGAUGCCGAGGCCGAGUCAGAGCUGGUAGAGGAACAAGAGGCUACUACUGAAGAGCCUAACAAAAAGGAGUAA